CACACGACCGACGAGGGCCCUCAAAAACCUCCUACUGACGACCACUCCCAAUCCCCCGCGUCCAGAGGAGGAGGGCCGGAAAUAAAUUUUAAAAAGAAAGAGAAUAGUAUUAAAAAGAGGAAAAAGGGAAGAAAAAGGAGACGGCCACAAGAAAAUGCAGAAGAUCCUCCGCCGUGUAGCGACCGCCGAGCGGGCAGUCGCUAAGCGCCACAAGAAGCAGAUAGAGGGCCGGGACAAGAAGGAAUUCACACGGCAGCGGCUCCGGAAACAGCAGCAGUUGGAGGCCGCCAAAGUUCAAUACCGCGACGCCAAGAAGGCGGUUAAAGACGCAUGGGAGCUGGGUCCGAUGGCCCCGCGCCACGAUGUCGGCGUCUACGCCGGCUCGCGGGGCGCCAUCCCAGAGACCCGGUUCGCGACGUUUGGAAAGCCGACGCAGAUCCAGCUCGCGGAGCGGAGUUCUUGGGCCGGCGGCACAACCUUCUUCUGCCUCGCUGUUAAUGAUCGGGUUGUGCUGUUGGCUGGUCCGGAUAAAGGCCGUAUCGGAAGAGUCACGCGGAUCGAGUCUAGUGUAGGGGAGGUAUAUGUCGAGGGAUUGAACAGGAGCAACGUAUCGACCGACCCCGACAUCAGUUUGUCCGACACCGUUAACGUCAUGAGCAUGGAGCUCGGCAUGCCUAUAUCCCGCGUGCGACUCGUGUACCCGCUCCAAAACCCCGAGACAGGCAUCACGAAAGAUGUGAUAAUCAACCGAAUCGAGCCCCGCAACAUCAUCCACGACCGGUACACCGGCAAGCGAAUAUGGGACCGCGUGGUGCCAGGAAUCAACACCGUGAUCCCAUGGCCGGAGAAGGAGCAAAAGGACAUAAAGGACCGGAAGAACGACACGUUGCGUAUCGAAGUCGAAGAGAAGACCUUCGUCCCAACGCUGCUGCGCCCGCCCAUGCCAGAAAUGCUGAUCGACGAGCUGCGCGGCAAGUAUUCCCGCUUCCGCACGCGCCACGACCCCGAGUACAUCGCGCGCCUCGAGGCCCAGGAACAGGCCGAGAAGGACCGCAAGAAGCUCGUCGAAACCAUGCGCACGCCCCUGCAGGAGCUGCACCGCGCCGAGCGCGAGAAGAAGAAGAAGAAGGGCAAGCCCCGCCUCACCAUCGAAAUGCUCGAGAAGAUCGGCGAGGUCAUGGCCAGGAAUAUGGAGAGGCAGCGAAACGCGAGCGCCCUAUCCGAAGAAACGGGCAGUAUCCCAGCUCCGACAUCGACAUCAGCAGAAACAGAAGCAAAGGCGACCGAAGACGUACCGCAAACUCCGUUAGAAACAGGUAGCGAGGAGACGCCGCCUCCGCCGUCUUCGUAAGAAGGAAGCGAGGAAUGAAAAAAAGAGGGUUCCAGAGUAAAAAUACGAUUUAUCUAGAUCUGUAAAAAUAAAUGUAUAUAACGCAUUCACGACUACACUUACGUACGUACGUUAAGCACGAACUCUACAUUGGUUUAUA